AUGGCACAACAUUCCGAUAUUGCACGGUCGGCAAUCAUUUCGUCCGCCACUUCGCCAGAUCCUGCAGCCCUGGGUGAUCAGAGGAAUAUGAACUCCCGCCCUGACGGUAUCAGUUCGAAUGGAAAUGGGAUCCGCUCGGGAAAUGAAGGGACUCUUAUGCCUCCGAAAACUGUAGUCGGAAGAGCGCUAGGUAAUGACCUGCAUUCCGAUGCCCACAAAACUUCGCAGGCGCCCAAGGGCGGAGUCGGAACUGCCCUGACUGACACUCCGAUUUCUACCGCACCCCCGUCUCCACAGAUAAACGGUCGUAAUACUCAUCCUGGUACUCCUGGUAGCAGCCGUGUUCGAGCAACUACUCUUGAUAUUCCUGGCCUCACCAAAUCAAAGGUCUCUCCAGAUGGCCGCAUUGCUCAACGAGAUGUCGGUGCUAAGUUGGUCAUUGUCAUGGUUGGCCUCCCGGCUCGAGGCAAAAGUUACAUCACCAAGAAACUUGCUCGUUACCUGAACUGGCUCCAGCAUGACACUCAAAUCUUCAAUGUUGGUGAACGUCGUCGUGUCGCAGCCGGAAAAUCUCCCUCCCCAGCCCCUGCUUGUGGCCAGGGAAAAGGUCCAAAGAAUGUUCACAGAGACCUUCUCGACUCGGUGCGCCGUCUGAGCGUCAGUGUUGGAAGUCAAAAUCAUGGCGAGAUCUCACCGCCGGAUGAAGCACCUCUCCCUCCCCCAGUCGUUCCAGCCAAGAUUCUUGUGAACGGCGAAGACCCCAACCCGUCAAUCUCCCAGCAUGGCAGUACAAUAGUUCCGUCAAUCGAUGCGGGGCCUGGCCAGUCAAUCAAGGGCGAAGAGGCUAUUAAAGAGGCAUCACCGGAACCCAUGGACCAGACCGCCAAUUUCUUCGACCCGCAAAAUCAGCGCGCUGUUAAGAUGCGAGAACAGGUGGCACUCGACACCCUUGAUGAACUUCUUGACUACAUUCUGGAUGAAGGUGGCAGCAUUGGCAUUCUCGAUGCGACCAACAGCACUAUGGAACGACGAAAGGCUGUAGUCGACCACAUUCGCAAGCGCGCUGGCCCUGAACUUAACAUCUUGUUCCUCGAGAGCAGCUGUGUGGAUCAGACCUUGCUGGAGGCUAACAUGCGUCUUAAGCUUUCUGGGCCUGACUACAAGGGGCAGGACCCUGUUAAGGCACUGGAAGACUUCAAGAGACGUGUGGGUCUCUAUGAAAAAUCGUAUGUGCCACUGGGUGAAUAUGAGGAAAAAAUGGGCAUGGCUUUCAUUCAGAUGAUUGAUGUCGGUCGAAAGGUCGUUGCUCACCAAACACAUGGUUUCCUGUCAUCUCAGGUUGUUUACUACCUUCUUAACUUCAACCUCUCCCCACGCCAAAUUUGGAUUACACGACACGGAGAGAGCAAAGACGACCAGGCUGGUCGUAUUGGCGGAGAUUCUGAUCUCAGCGAGAAUGGCCAACGUUAUGCCAAGGCGCUCACAGCCUUUAUUGAUCACCACCGCCAGAAGUGGGAAGUUUACCAGCGCCAAAAGGACUUGAUCAAACAUUUCCCACCCCGCCCUGGUGACAGUACUCCUCCUAAUCCCUCUUACAUCCCCCGUGAUCGGCCACGCAAUUUCUGCGUAUGGUCAUCAAUGAUGAAACGAGCUGUUCAGACAGUGGACUACUUCAACGAAGAAGACUACGAUGUCAAGCAGAUGCGUAUGCUCGAUGAACUUCACUCUGGCAGGAUGGAAGGCAUGACCUACAAAGAGAUUCAGCAGCAAUUUCCUGACGAAUAUGCUCACCGUAAGAAGGAUAAGCUUUUCUACCGAUACCCCGGUCCUGGUGGUGAAGGUUAUCUCGACAUCAUCAACCGCCUCCGAGCCGUCAUUGUUGAAGUGGAGCGUACUACCGACCAUGUCCUGCUAGUCAGUCACCGAUCCACCGCUCGUGUUCUCUUGGCCUAUUUUCAGGGUCUGAAGCGUGAUGAGGUCGCCAACCUGGAUGUUGAGAUGGGUGUUGUGUACAUGCUCGAGCCUAAGCCUUACGGCGUUGACUUCAAGGCGUACCGAUACAACCCCGACAAUGAUUGGUUUGACGAAGUUCCGAACUAUCAGUUGAAACAAGUAAGCGCACAUGACAGGAUGGCAAGCAUUGUGGCCUAA